UCACAAAUAAACAUGAAUAAAAAGACCGUCCUUUUCGCUUUAGGAUUACUCUGCGUCUCAUAUUCUCCCCCAAAUAUGAACGUGCUCGAAAAGCUAGGUUUCGGUUCAAAAUCCAUGGAUAGCUCCGACUCCUCAAUUGCCCAGGGUCCAGACACCGAUACCCCCAAUCCGGGUCAACAAUUCGCCCAAUUCGGAGCCGGCUGCUUCUGGGGCGUGGAAUUAGCGUUUCAGAGAGUGCCUGGUGUUACCAAAACUGAAGUGGGCUAUUCUCAGGGUCUUCUUCAUAACCCAACUUAUAGUCAUGUUUGUUCUGGCACUACUAAGCACUCUGAGGUUGUUAGGGUUCAAUAUGACCUUGCUGAGUGUCAGUUUGGUAAGCUGCUUGAUCUGUUUUGGUCUAGGCAUGAUCCUACCACGCUUAAUCGUCAGGGUAAUGAUGUGGGGACACAAUACCGAUCAGGAAUAUACUACUACAGUCCUGAGCAGGAGAAGGAAGCACUGGAGUCUUUGGAGCGACAAGAGAAGCUAUUGAAUAGGAAAAUUGUGACUGAGAUCUUGCCUGCCAAAAAGUUUUACCGGGCAGAGGAGUAUCAUCAACAAUACCUUGCGAAGGGGGGUAGAUCUGGUUCCAAACAAUCUGCUGAGAAAGGAUGCAAUGACCCAAUUAGGUGCUAUGGCUAAGUUGGACAUAUGUACUGUAGUAACAUGAAUUGGCAUUACUAGUACUUUGAAAUUUAUGGUUGAGAGGUUUAUGGCCAAGAAUAAGUGAUUGUUUAUAGUCUACUCUUUAUGUCAGUUUGUUAUUAACAUGUAUGAAUGGUGGAUCUUAAUUUCUCUACUAAAAAUUGUUGUGUUA